CAGACGGUCACUCUCCCUCGCGCUCACAUCAAAAGAGCGAGAGAACGCCCCGACGAUUCAGAGAACACGCCGCCACCGCGGACCACGCACCACUCGACAGCCGAGAAUGCUCCUCCUCCUCGCUUUCCUCGCCGCCGCCGGCGCCGCCGCCUUCUUCCUCUUCAAGUUCGUCACCGCCGAUGGGGAUUUCACCCUCUUGUCGUGCGGCCGGCCGCGGCGGGACAAAGUGGACGGCAAGGUUGUGUGGAUAACGGGAGCGAGCCGUGGGAUUGGGGAGGUUCUUUCGAUGCAGUUUGCGAGUUUAGGAGCAAAGCUCAUACUAUCUGCACGUAACAAGGAGGAGCUUGAGAGAGUGAAACAUAACAUCAUGAGCAAGCAUCCAGAUAGCAAAGUUGAAGUGUUACCCAUGGAUUUAUCAUCUGAUGAAAAAUCUCUGAAAGAAGUUGUACAUUCAGCGGAAUCUCUCUUUUCCAGUGCUGGCAUUGACUAUAUGAUGCACAAUGCAGCCUUUGAGCGUCCAAAAAGGGGAGCCCUGGAAGAAACCGAGGAAGGUCUUAAGGCUACUUUUAAGGUCAAUGUCUUUGGAACAAUUACUUUGACUCGCCUUCUUGCACCCUUCAUGUUGGAUAGAGGGAUGGGUCAUUUUGUUGUGAUGAGUAGUGCAGCUGGAAAGGUGCCCACACCUGGUCAGGCUCUUUACUCUGCUUCCAAACAUGCUCUCAAUGGGUACUUUGCUUCUCUGCGUUCUGAGUUAUGUACGAAAGGCAUUAAGGUCACUGUUGUCUGUCCUGGACCUAUUGAAACACCAGAAUCUUCUGGUGCAACUUCUUCAUCACAAAGGCAUUCGUCCGAGAAACGUGUUUCAGUGGAAAGAUGUGCUGAACUGACAAUAGUUGCCGCAACUCAUGGACUAAAAGAAGCAUGGAUAUCAUAUCAGCCUGUGCUGGCUGUUAUGUACGUGGUGCAAUACAUGCCAACAAUUGGAUGCUGGCUUAUGGAUAAGGUUGGUGCGAAGCGAGUUGAUGCCGCUGCAAAGAAAGGCAACGCCUACAGCUGGAAUCUCCUCUUCGGUGGCAAAAAGUCGGCUUGACGAUGAAGUUGCUCAUUACACCUAUAGUUGGAAUCUACAAGAUGCGAGAGGACGUUGGAGAUGUACAUCAAAAUAACUGUUUAUGUCCGUUUAAUCCUAUAGGUGUACUUCCUCUGUACCUAAAUAACUGACCAGUUCUCUCCAACUACAAUUAUCUAGGUAAGGGAGUACAAGUCUAUAUAGAUUAUGAACCUUGUUACCCUUUUUCAUCUUUAUGUGCGACAUGACCAAUGGGAAGGCAAGCACGCCUUGUACCGUCACCUAGUCAGUGAGUUUCAAGUAUUUUAGAACUCAAAUACAAAUCAGCCUUUUGAUCUUCGCA